GAUGGCUGCCGUGAGCAGAGGUGGUUUGCUAGCUCUUUCUCUUCCUCUCGUGUCCAGGGCCUGCGUGCUGGUUUUGGUUGCCACAAUAUUCAACAAGUCUGUGGGAUUGAAUUGAUCUGGGCUAAGAACCGAGGACUUCCGUGGCCAAGCUCCAGCCAGCAAGACAAAGGAUACAAACAUGUUUGCUGCAACUUUGGCCACAUUUGGAAGCGACCACACCCGGGAUUUGGACAAGAACACAAUGGCCCACAGAAGGUAAAAGCACCUUGCAGAGAAUUCCGAGUGGAUGGUCCCUGAAAGGAGGCGAGCCGUGGAGCGUGCAUCUUUCCCAACGAUCAUCAGGCCCAGCGUGGAGGUGAUGCCCCGCCCCCUUGCCUACUCAACCCAACUCCCUGGAGACCAGAUCACAGAAGACGUUGAACCAUGGCGAUCAUGAACCCACCAAUCAUCAAAUCCAUCCUCUCGGUCUUCAUCAUUGGAAUCAUCUCCAUCCUGACCUUCAUCCUGUUGGCCUUCGUCAUUGGACUCCUCUACAUCCCAGCAUCAAAAAACUCUGUCAUGACUGCUUGGAUUGAGAAAUACCAGCCUUCGUUUUACAACAGACAGACUACGGAGAACUUCAAGGAAAUUGAGAAAAUCAGGCAAAGCCUGGGUGGGGUGAAGGCUCAGGAAGACUAUGUGGAGAAGAUGAAGACUCUGGAAGAACAAGUGGAAAAGAUGAACACUCCAGAAGAAAGUGUGGACGAGAUUAAAUAUCAGAUAGCAAAAAAAUGGGAAAUUGAGGAACUCACGCCACUUGUGGACACGAUGAAGACUCUGGAACUACGUCUGGACCAGAUGAAGACUCUGGACGAAGUUGUGGACAAGAUGAAAGAUCAGAUUGCAGAAACUGCAAGCAAAAAAGACGUUGAGACGCGCAUGGACCGGAUGAAGAGUCUGGAAGGAAGCGUGGGCGAGAUAAACGAUCAGAUUGCGAAAGCUGCCAAAAAGACAGACGUUGAGAAGUUCACGCCACUUGUGGACACUGUGAAGGCUCUGAGCCAACGUCUGGACAAGAUGGAGACUCUGGAAGAGAAUGUGGACACGAUGAAAUGUCAGAUUGCAACAGAUGCAAACAAAAAGGAAAUUGAGACUCUGGGACAAGGUCUGGACCAGAUGAAGACUCUGAAAGAAGGUGUGGACAACAUGAAAGAUCAGAUUGCAGAAACUGCAAACAACAUUGAGGAACUCGGGCCACUUGUGGACAAGUUGAAGACUGAACGAGCAUCUAGACCGAGUGGACAAUCAGUUUGCAAAAGCUGCAAACAUCUGUGGAAAGGACGCAGAUAUGAUUAAGAGUUCUUUCUUUUUAGAUAGCCAUGUUAGAGCAGCACCCAGUAUUUUUCCUCUGUGUAUUCUACCAGUUUCUUUAGACAUUUCAGAUGCCUGGUUAAGGGUCGUAAACCAUCGGAAUGUGAAGACAACCCCCACAUCUCUCUCUUAUCGGUGUUGAGAGGGGAGGAGAUGGGGGCUUUCUUUGUGUGAAAUGAGUUGCCCUUUCCUUUGGAAUGCCAGAUCAACGAGACCAGCCGAUACGAAUGUAUUGAUUGAGUUGACCUCCCAAAGCUUUGGAAUAAAACUAGAAAAUAUUCUGUCUUGACGGUCCUUCUUACUCAGCAUAUAUGUCAUCAAAAGAACUCGGGAUUGACCAGUAACUUAGAUUCCCUGGGAGGAAGAACUGGUCUGACGCAACACAUCCCAAAGAAAAUGUAUGUAAAACACCGCAAGACUUC